UUUCGUUGAGCAGGCGGCAAGCGUUUCAAUAAUGAUGUGGGUGGCUGUGAAAGCAUAAUUUUUUCUAUAAAAACAGAGUGAUAGGAACAUCAGAAAAUGAAAAAAUAUGAAUUUUAAUCUGCCAAAAACUUAAAUGCGAAGUUGUGGAAUUUUCUCGUAAUUUUCAUUCAUAGCAAGACACAGCUAUCGAGAACGAGAACGAGUCUAAAAUGAGUCACUAAGGUAUUAUUAUCAGUAUUCAGAGUAAAAUAAGUUUUAUGUAAAUAAUAUCAUAGCACAUAACUUGAAGCAUUCUUUUUUAAAAAAUUCACAUAAUAGUAGCAUCCUUAGUUCAAGAUACUGUUUAUUUUAGAUUACUAUUCAUUAGUGUGCUUCCUUAAAAUGUUUCCAUAAAAGACGGCACUAUCUUUCGAGAAUUAAUAUGUUCACUGUGUUAGGCAGUGAUAUGGAGAUAAGAGUAGGGCGAUUUAUUUUACUAUGCAUGAUAUGUGCCCUGUGGACCGCAAGGACAGAAAGCUUAGAUGGCGCCACAUCCACUGAAGAUAUUGAAACUACUGCACCCGAUGAAGAUAUUGAAAUCAAUGCCCCAACUGCAUCCGAUGAAGAGGACGACAAUAAUAAUCCUUUGAUCUUGGGAAACCUUAGUCUGUGCCAGAAUGUGGUCGACAAUGUAUUUCUGCCUUUUGUGGGCGAUUGCAACAAGUACUAUCUGUGUCGAUCCGGGCAAGCCAUUGAGCUGCGGUGCGAAUGGCCCUAUGAGUUCGAUGCCGCCACUCAGAGCUGUGUGAGUCCUGGAAAGGCGAAUUGCCUGCCCACCUGCAAGGCCUUUCAUUUCAGUACUUUUAGCUACCAGCGCACUUGCACCAAGUACGUGCUCUGUUACUACGGACAUCCUGUGCUGAGGGAGUGUCAGGACGAUCUCCAGUAUAAUCCUAAGACAGAUCGCUGCGACUUCCCCCAGAACGUGGACUGCGUCGAGUCCGAGUGCUCUAUCUACUUCAAUGCCUACCAUCUGCGCUACGUGCCCAGCAAAAGUUCCUGUGAAAAGUACUUUCUUUGCGGCAACGGAAUUCCCAGGGCACAGACGUGUUCCACAGGCCUACAUUUUAGCACCAAGUGCAAUUGCUGCGACAUUCCUUCGAACUCCAACUGCCAGUUGAAGAGCCCUAGUUCUACUAGAAGUAAUUGGUUCAAAGAUAUUCUCCAAAUUCUACAGAUACCCGCUCAACGAAGGCUAAACUAUCAACCAGUUUCCCCCAAGCCGUCCGAAGUGGUCUGUCCCCCAGAGGGCGUUCACUUUUAUGUCCACGAGACACGUCCGGACGCCUACCACUACUGUGCAAUGGGUCACGGCCUGGUUCUAGAGUGUUCGCCGGGAUUGUGGUUCGAUCUUGCGGUAAAAGAGUGCCGUGAACCUAAAAACGUGGGACACCAGAAAGGCAAGAACUCAUUAAGCGGUUUCAAAAAGAACAGAUAUAAAUGGGUUAUUUUCCAGACUGUGGCCAAACAGUUGAUGGCACGCUGCGCACUAUCCAGGAUGAAUUGGCGGACCACCUUGUUUUUCCUUCUGACUUUACUAGCGGUGUAUAGUGCCAGGAGCGAGGAUGACCUGGUGGUGGCUCCUGCGCCUGACGAUGAUACCGAUGGCGAAGUCAUCGAAGAUCCGUACGACAUGUACAAUAAUACCCAGAUCAAUGUUUGCCGCAACGUCGCCGAUGGUGUUUACCUUCCCUAUGUGGGGGACUGCGCGAAGUACAUCGAGUGCCGGAACGGCACCAUACAUGAAAUCGGUAGCUGUCAGGAAAAUGAGGAGAACUCACCCUACCUUUGCCAGGAUCCGGCGCUACCAUGCGAAAUAGGCUUCGACCCUGUGUUCCAGGUGUGCACCUGGAGAAGCGAGGUACAGUGCUUACCCACUUGUGAGUCAUUCGCGCUGAGCAGCUUCUGCUACGAUAACACCUGCACCAAAUACGUUCUCUGCUACUACGGACGUCCAGUGCUCCGGGAGUGCCACGACAACCUCCAGUACAAUAAUGCCACUGAUCGUUGCGACUUUCCCCAGUACGUGGACUGCGUGGCCAACGACUGCUCGGCCACCAACCAGCCGGAGAAUAUAAUUUACCUCGCCAGCAAGGCUUCCUGCAACAAGUAUUUCGUCUGCUCCAACGGCCGGCCCUGGGAACAGGAGUGCGCUCCUGGAUUGGCCUACAAUCCUGCUUGCGAGUGCUGCGACUUCGAGGAGAACGUGAAUUGCUCGAUCAAUGCAAAGGUCAGGAACAUUAAGCCUUACUCCCGUUCUCCGUUGCGCCGCGCGGACGUAACUUGCCCACAAGAAGGAGUAUAUUUCUACCCACAUAAAUCGCGCAAAGACGCCUACUACUACUGCGUUGAUGGACGUGGUGUUACUCUCGACUGCACACCAGGACUAUAUUACGAUCCCAAGGUUCAGGAUUGUCGCGAGCUCCAAAACAUUGGCCUCUAAAUAUAAAAAGAAAAUAAACACUAAAACCAAAUAACAUUUUUGUUGAAAAAUA